UGUUCUCUUACUUCCUAUCAUAUAAGAUCAAUACGUUCGAUGGCUAAUGCGAAACUGCAUGAAUAAUUAAAUGGAACAACGGAGAUUCUAUCGUUUGUAUUGUUCACCUAUAGUGUUUACGUGUGUCUUUGAGCGUAGAAAGUCUAUUUAUCUAGUUAAAGAUAAAAUCAUUUUUUUCGCAUUAAUACGCACAUGAACAUUGCGUGACUUACAAUCUACACGACAAUCAUAAAUGAUCUGAAAAUAAUUCAUUCAAUAGAUUAAAAAUUUAGUCUCUUGUGAUCUUCCUUUGCUGUCGGUUAGACGAUAUUUUAUUUUCGCUAAGAGUUGUCGAAUCAUUCAAAUUGAAAAAUAGCCCAAUAAUAAUUCAAUUGACAGAUGAACAAAUGGCAUUUAUUGUGCUAUUGAAGAUACUUCUUCUUCUUUUUCUUUUUCUUCCGAAGAUCGCAAGUUUAAUCGAAUUUCAUUCAAUCGGGGAAGAACAAACUUCUUUUAUCAUAGAUAUUUGCAAAUUACACGGAUUGAAAUCUGUAAUACUUUUAUAUGCCGAAUCUACAGAAGAAAUGGAAAUGGCAACGAUGAUAUUCAAAUAUAGGCGGACACUAUCUCGUGAAGGAGUUGCGAGCACCAAUUUGUACUUUUCACAAUUGCACGAAUCAUCGUAUUACUUAAAGCACAUUGUACGACCGUAUUAUAUAGUGGUGAUCUCAAAUUACAACGCAAUGAAUCAGUUCUCAUUAGCAACAAGUACCUUUGACAUGUCUUCAGCUGUGUGGCUAGUGAUAUUCAUUUAUAAGGAAAGUAAUUCCGAUUAUUGUCACAAUCCACCAGGUAAUAUAUUUCAUUUGAAAUUCAACUCUGAAAUGAUGAUCCGUUGUGGUACAGAAAACAUUUUACAAGAAUGGUAUUCGGUUGAUACGCAUCAAAUCGAGAUUAAUGAUGUAGCAACUUGGAGCUCAAAGAAAGGAAUCAAUAAAAUGGUUCCAGAUUUUAUUUACGAAAGAAGAUAUAAUUUACAGGGUUUAAUCAUGAGAGCUACUAUAGUUAAGGGUUCACUAUUCACAAUUAAAAACAAAGAUGGUGAAUUAGACGGUAUAUUUGGUAGAAUAAUAAGAGAACUUUGUGUAGCUCUAAAUUUUAGUUUCAACGUCGUCUCAGAAGUUGAAGAAUAUGGAAGAUGGGAUCCAGAAAGAAAAAUUUGGUCUGGAGGAAUUGCGGAAUUAUAUACUGGACGUGCUGACAUUUCUAUUUCAGAUUUUAUUAUUACAAAUGAUAGAUUGAAAGUCGUUAACUUCACGCUCCCUUUUUUAAACUCCAAAAACGUUCUCGUCAUUCGAGUACCAGAAAAUUUAAGGAUUCAAUUGUCAUCUUACUUUUUAACUUUUACUCUUUCUGUUUGGAUUGCUGUGUUUGGCGUAUUAAUUGCUUCAUCGAUUUUCCUGAUCUUUCUCAAAAUAAAAAAUUUCUCUUAUAAAUCUUCAUUACGAAUAGCAUACUUCUCUAUAUAUCUUUUGGUUAUCGUCUUUUGGGCCGCCUAUUCAGCUGCUUUGAUAAGCUGUUUAAUGUCUGUAAUCAACGUGUUACCAUUUAAUUCAUUAGAGAGCUUCGUUGCGGACGGUACUUAUCAGCUUGCCGCCACUCGUGGUUCGGCUUAUUACGAUAAGUUUGCAAAUUCGAAAGACCCGUUAGCAGAGAAGGUAAUGAAGUUGAUGCUAAAUGUUGAAAAAUUGCCCAUUACCGAUCAUGAAGGAUUCGAAAUGAUUUGUAAAAAUUGGAAAAUAGCAAUCUACACGAGUGACCAAGUGGUCGGUGUAGAAAAUCUGAAAAUACCAUGUAAUAUAAUUUGUAUUGAAACGGGGCAUACAGACAGUUUUGCUAUAAUUUUAUCUAAAUCCAAUCCGUUCAUUGACGUCAUCAAUUUCCAAUUGCAAAAAUUUAUCGACAAUGGUAUAAUGAAUCACUUAAAAGAUACGAUAUUUAAAAAGAAAUCCCAUGAUGUAAUCAAGCAUCAACCGGUUCUUUUAAUUAGCGUUAUGCCGCUUAUUCUCUUCUUCUUUAUUGGCGUCGUUUUGAGUACCUUUAUUCUGAUCAUAGAAAACUAUAUUAUCGUCCACAAAGAAAAGAAUAUUUCCAUGGUAGAUCGUAUAACGUCUAUUAAGUGCUCAGAAUUUUAUGUGAAGAGGAAGAAAUGUAUUAGAUAAUUUGAUAAUAAAUUACGCAGAUCGGAAAUGUGCACAAGUAAAAUACAAUUCUAACAAAAACCAUAA